AUUUUUUAUUCCAGCCUGCGGCAGGAAACAACGGAGCCAUGGCAGAGGUGGGAGUCUCACAAGCGGUGCUGGUUGAACCAAAAGAGGAUACUGGCCGAAAAUUACCUCAAUACAUCGCGGCCUUGUCAGCCACUCUUGGAGCCCUGGCCGCUGGUUCUAUGCUCGGUUGGUCAUCGCCCGUUGUUUUCAAGAUAACUCAAGCAAACAGCACGGACUACCCUUUCGAAGUAUCAUCAUCCAAUGGUGACUGGGUCUCUUCCUUGAUAAACCUUGGAGCUGCAGCCGUAUGUUUCCCCAUUGGUCUGGUCAUGGAUGCCAUAGGACGAAAGAAAACCAUGCUUCUACUGACACUACCAUUUACCUUGGGCUGGUUGCUUAUAACCUUUGCACCAAAUGUCGCGACUUUAAUGGUUGGAAGAUUUAUCACUGGCGUUGCUGGCGGUGCCUUCUGUGUCACCGCACCGGCAUACACAAGUGAAAUAGCACAGGAUUCGAUACGAGGGACUUUGGGUAGCUAUUUCCAAUUGAUGAUAACUGUCGGUAUACUUUUCGCCUAUGCGGUCGGUAGUUAUACCAGCGUUUUCGUGUUCAAUAUUCUCUGCACGAUCAUACCUAUAGUAUUCUGUGUGGUAUUCUUCUUUAUGCCCGAGAGUCCGAACUUUUUAGUCAUGAAGGGCAGGUUGGAUGAUGCCAGAGAAGCGCUAGUCAAACUUCGAGGUCAGAAUUACGACGUCGAUAGCGAACUGACUAAACUUCAGAACAAAGCUGAAGACACUAGAAACAACCCUGUGUCAUUCUUAUCAUCGAUAACUAAGAAAACGGCACUUAAGGCGUUGUUGAUCUGCUACGCGCUUAUGUUGUUCCAACAGUUUUCUGGCAUAAAUGCUGUAAUUUUUAAUACUUCUGCGAUAUUUACGAGCGCGGGCGCGACCAUACCGGCUGCGAUUGCGACCAUUAUUGUCGGAGUCAUACAAGUCGUAGCCACGUUUGUCUCAAGUUUAGCUGUCGAUAGACUCGGCAGACGUGUUUUGCUUCUAUUCUCAGCUCUGGUUAUGUGCUUGUGUUCAACAGCCUUGGGAGUUUUCUUCUUUUUAAAAGAAACUCACGGAGAUGACGCGUCGAUAGUUCAAGCUAUUUCGUGGUUGCCAUUACUCUCGCUCUCGUUAUUCUUCGUUGCGUUUUCCCUCGGCUUCGGACCGAUACCCUGGAUGAUGGCUGGAGAGUUGUGCUUGAUCGAUAUCAAAGCGUUUGUCAGCUCGACUGCUGGUACCUUCAACUGGCUUCUCAGUUUCACAGUCACGAGUACUUUCAAUUCAUUGAACACCGCUAUCGGUCCAGGUCAGGUAUUUUGGGUGUUCGCUGGAAUUAUGCUCGUGGGAUUUAUUUUCAUAUUCUUCAUCGUCCCAGAGACGAAGGGUAAGAGCGUUGACGAAAUCCAAUACAUGCUGGGUGCGGAACCGGAGACACAGAAUACCAGCGAAAAAAAUUGAGCUAUCAUAAAGACUGACUAUAGUAUUUUUGUAUAGAGUUACUAUGUGGUCUAUGGUUGGCUAAUUCUACUUGUCUUUGGUGUCACAAACCUAAAUUUGGUGUGCUCUUUAAGCAAUUUAGUUAUUGCUCUUUACCAAAGAUUUAAUCAUCUGGAUACGUCUCAUCGACGUUUAGGGAUAAGAUGUGAAUGUUUAGCCUUCACGUAGUUAAUUUAUUAACAUUAGGUCGAUUGCUCACAGCAGCUUUUUGUUUGACUAACGAAUUUUUUUUCUCAUCCAAAAUGGGAACAUACUGAUAUUGUUAGUGUAUAAGUUAUGAAAAUAUAUGAACUCUGUACUUGUAAUUUUAAAAUGUUUUACAAAUAUAUUUAUUUAGACAAAUAUACUGCAUAAAAAUCUAUUUAUUAAAGUUAAAACUAUCAAUGUCAAGAUAUUGCCAUAUUUAUUUUAAACUGUUUUAUAAUAAGGUUAGUAGAGCAGCUAUUGCUAAUAAUUUAUUAUUUAUUUAGUAUAUUGCUUAAGUACAAAUUUAGAAAUAUGUACAUUAUAUAAUCAAUAACUAUCUUUUAGAACACGCAGCAUAUGUCUUUUGUCUUUAGUUAAAUUGACCAGCACAUUGUUAUUUUAAUAUAAAAUAAUGCUGGCAAUAACAUUUGAAACUUAUGAUUUUCUAGCGAUUUGUAUUUUUAAUCAGUAGUAUUAAUAUAUGGUAUGUACUGUUGUUAAAAUUGGUUGAAAUUCAAAAAAAUCUGGAAAAUUUGUAAGCAGAACGAACAAAAGACAAAUUUUAUUGUUCGUAAUGCAUGUCAAUUUCUCAGUCGAUAUCAUGUUCUAUUUUAAUUUACAACAAUACAAUUAAUAAUAUUGUACUAAUUACAUGUAUUUCGAAACUAUAUCAUUGUAUUUGUAUAUAUUGUUGUUAGAAUAAGUUUUAAUAGCGCGAAUAAAUGUUUUAAGAUAAA